AUGGAAAGUCCCCUAGUUGUGGGGGUCCACGGCCCUUUAAAUCAUGCUUGGUUAUCAGAAAAUGAACUGGGGAUUUAUAGAAGAACAACUGCUUCAAAUGAAUCCACUUGCAAUGAGAUACUCAUCGAAAAUGUUAAAUGGGGCACGUCAAUAUACAACGAUGAGUUUAUGAGACGCCUUGCUAAAAGUUCCUUUGAGGUGUUUUCGGCACUUCAAAAAUGUUCAGAGCAGAACUCAUUUAUCACCCACAGCAUUCAAUACAGAGCUGCCUUAGCUGUGUGUUCAAAUGAAAUUUUCACAUUUCUAAAACUUUCAGCAGGUUCGGAUGAGGCAAGGGCAGCUCAUCUAAUUGCCCAAGGUAAUCUGAUUCAGACAUUAGAGCUCUUGUGGCAUCUUGCGGAACUGAUUUUUAUCCAAGUAUCUCCACCUGGAUAUUUAGCAUUCAAUCUCUGUAGUUGGUUUUACGUGCAGUCCCAGGAAGCGGCUAAUCGCGCCCGAGAGAUUUUGGACAGUGCAAACAGAGAGCAAUCCGGUCAUAUUUUAUUGCAUGAUAAACUGAAUAAUCUUAAAUCAUGGGAAACCAACAAGGACUUUUGGCCAACAGUUUUAAGCUUGGUUUUACAAGCUAGGUGUCAAGAAGCAGCAAGUUUGCUUGUCCUGCAUUCUAAUUCUAACGGUCGUGGUCUCCGAAGUCUACGUCAACUUCUAGCUUCUAUGCCAGUUGCUUCUCAUGCUGAAAAAGAGGGUAUGUGGACUGAGUAUGGUGCUCAGUUUUCGCAGGCGUGGAAUUAUUGGCAGUCAGAGUGUGAACAUCGACUGUCUUCGGGAGAAUUCGACCAUGUUGGUGGUGAUCCAGCAUCAGUUGACUACAUAAAAUUAAUUGUAAAUAUCUUAUCGGGGCGUACGUCUAUUUGGGAUGACCCGCGAAUUCUGGACGUAACUAGAGGUUCACGUGGAUGGUUUUUUCGUUUUGUAUCAUUUGUUUUCUACACUGACCAGUUGGUAAAUAUUGAUGGUUUAAGCAGUGAUCUUGAUCGAUGGCUUGCUUUAACGAAGAAAGGUAAUAUGGAACUAGGCUCUAACUUUGAUCAGUCCGUCGAUGCUUUAAUCACAAGCAUUUUUCACGUGGAUCUAUUUUCAUUCGUUCGUAUAGCAAGUGAAAAAUUAAGUAAUUGGUGGUUUAUUGCACAUUUUACGAAUCUUUUAAAUCACAUAUAUCCUGGUGUACUUAAUGAUCUUCAGCUUACACAUAAACAAGACGAGUUAUCUUUAGAAUCUUGUCCAAAAACAGUAAAUUAUAAAUCUAAUGCUAAGUUUAAUGAAUCAUUGUAUCAACCUGUAGACAGCUCUUCAUUGGUUGAAUUUUUUCUUCUUGGUUAUGUCGAAUCAUUGGCUUCUGAAACAAGUCUUUUAUCUAUUGCACUUGGAUAUUUGGAUCACUGUAAAUCUGGGCGUACUCGUCAAUCUACCUUAUUAUUGAGACAUGCUGUGCCAAUUUCAACUAGAGCUACAAACUGGUUUAUUAGUCAAGCCAAAGUUAGAGGAUUAUAUUCAACUGCUGAAGAAUUAGCCAAAUUAAAUUGUCGUAGAUUUACAUGUUUAUCAUUACAAUCACAAGAAGGUUCUAUAAUUAAUUCAUCAAAUUAUUCUCCAAUAUGUAUCUCUAUAGGUUGGGCUUUAAUGGCACGUGAUUAUUCCAUGAUUAAUCGAUUAGCUGAACUCUCUCUUGCUAGAGAUAAUGGAUUUAUGCAUAAGGACACUUUAAAUGAAACAAUAACUUCGCAUGCUUCUACAGAAGUUGCAGAAUUGGCUGCUAUAAUAUUAGGUUUUUGUCGAGGAUCAUCAUUUGACGAACCGUCUAAUAAUAAUAAAGUUAAUGAAGUGAAUCAUCUUCAAUUAUCACCUGAAUUAGCUUUUUUAAUUCGUUAUGCUGAACUUCAACAAAGUUUUAAUGAUGGUGAUUGUGAAGGCGCAGUUGAUCGAAUUAUUGAUUUACUAGUUACUAGUCCUGGGAACUCACUUAUUACCACCAAUUCAACUGGACAAGAUUGUACAAAUUCUUCGACUACAGGUUUUGGUUUACGUAUACCAACUCGUCUUAAAAUAAGACUUCUUGCUGAAGUAAGACACUUAUUGGGUCGAAAUUGUCUACGUCGAGAUCAAGUUGAAGUGCUUAUCACUGCUUUGAUUGAAUUAAGAGCAGAUUUGGAUUUAAAUCCUAAUAACAUGUCCACAAAUAGUGAUAUACAUUCAUUACUAACAAAAAUUCAUAUGUCUCUUGCUAAAGAGCUAGCAUCGACAUUCUUUGCUACCUCUAAUACCAUUCCUAUAUCUCUGUCUUUAUCACCCAAUAGUAUGGUUGAUACAAAUUGGCAUUAA